AUGCCGACGAUCCUUCCACCAUGGCCUCACAUCUUGUUCGGUCUCCUUGAACCUUUAUCUCUAGUCUGCGGAAGCCUAGCACCGAUAUUUGAUUUGCAGGGAUUUAUAGCAGGCCAAACACCACAGGCUCUUGCUCCAAAAGCACACCCAAGCAGCACCGCACUAGCCUACCAACUAGCCAACCUAUACUCCCUACUAUUCCUCGUUGGAGUGGCUGUGCUACAUACAUCCACAGAACCAAGAGUUGUCCGUAACUACUUGAUUGGUCUGGCCAUUGCAGAUGUCGGCCAUGUUUACGCUACUUACUUGGGCAUGGGCUGGAGUUCCUUUGCCAAUGUACAAGGCUGGAAUGCACUGACUUGGGGGAAUAUAGGCAUAACUGGCUUUCUGUUUGUGAAUCGAAUCUUAUACUUGUUGGGCAUAUUUGGAGAUUCGAAGGCAUCGAAGCUGCAGGACAAGCGGGAUUGA